CUUGCUCUUCUCGUUUACAUAUAAAAAAAAAAUCCUUCAAGAGGUUUAUUAGCUACCAAAAUAUGGCUGUCACCAACUUUCAAUGUGCUUUUACUUUAAUUAUUUUUCAUGGUCUUGUUACCAUUUUCACCCCUUUUGUUGUUGUGUAUGGUGCCAAUCCUAGCACCACCUUUUCGGUAUGUAAUCAUGCCCCUUAUCCCGAAAUUUGCACUUUUCUAGUUGGAAAGACUAGCGUAGAAACUCCGCUGGAUGUUCGCCAAACGACCCUUGUGUCCACUUUGGCUCAAGCUGAACAUGCUCAUAAGCUUGUUUCGGCUAUGGAGUUGAGUUCUUUAGAACCAAGGGCUAAGGCGGCUUGGGCUGACUGUUUGGAGCUAUAUGAGGACUCGGUUUACCAACUAAACCGUUCUCUGGGCUCCACCAAUAGUCGUGAUAUCCAAACAUGGCUUAGUUCCGCCUCUACCAACCAUGAAACAUGCCAAAAUGGUUUUCGUGACUUUAAGUUGUCAUCUCGUUUUCAACCUUUUCAAACUUCCUUAAGUGGCUUCUCAAAGUACCUUAGCAACUCCCUUGCUAUAAACAAAGCCUUAACUCCAUUACUUGUGAGUUCUACACAAAUUAAAGGGAGAAAACUCAUGGAGACAAAUAACUUCCCAAACUGGUUAACUAAAAAUGAUAGAAAGCUUCUUGCAACGCCCUCGGGUUCCACCUCAGCCGAUAUCGUGGUUGCUCAAGAUGGGUCGGGUAACUACAAGACCAUAUCCGAGGCCAUUGCAGCCGUGCCUAAGCUUAGACAAGGAAGUUCAAGGUUUGUCAUACACGUGAAAGCGGGUGUGUACAAGGAGAACGUAGACAUCAAGAAAACAAUACGUAAUGUGAUGGUUGUUGGAGAUGGCAUGGGUUCAACAAUCGUUACAAGUAACAAAAACGCACAAGAUGGUUCGACAACUUUUCGAUCAGCAACCUUCGCGGUUUCUGGAGCCGGGUUCAUCGCUAAAGACAUGACGUUUGAGAACACGGCCGGCCCCGCAAAGCACCAAGCGGUAGCCUUUCGGUCCGGGUCCGACCUAUCAGUCGUGUACGGGUGCGCUUUCAAGGGAUACCAAGACACAUUAUACGUAUACUCUGGACGACAAUUUUACCGCAACUGUCAAAUAUACGGGACACAAGAUUUUAUAUUUGGUAACGCGGCCGCGGUUCUCCAAAGCUGCAACAUAUAUGUCCGAAAACCAAUGGGUGGUCAAAUGAACACGAUCACAGCUCAAGCCCGAACUGACCCGAACGAAAAUACUGGCAUCAUAAUACACAACUCGGGUGUUACGGCCGCUUCGGAUUUUAGUGGCUCGGCAAAGACCUAUCUCGGUCGACCGUGGAAGCAAUACUCGCGAACGGUGUUCAUGAAGUGCUCGCUCGAUAGUUUAAUCGACUCCGCGGGCUGGCUACCGUGGAGUGGUAGUUUUGCUUUAAAUACUUUGUACUAUGGUGAAUAUAUGAACACCGGCGGUGGCGCUGGCACCAGUGGCAGAGUGAAGUGGGGUGGAUAUCAUGUUAUCACGAGUGCGGCGGAGGCGACAAAGUUUACGGUUGGUGAUUUCUUGGAUGGUGGUUCGUGGAUUCCGGGGACCGGAACACCUUAUACAGCCGGACUAUGAAGAUGUACAAAAGUUUGAUAGGUUAAAGUAUAAAUUUGUUAUGUCAUUUUCAAGUUAUAUAAAAGUAGGGGGGUUUAUAGUACUUUCGUUAAAAGAAAGAGACAUGUAAUAAAUGGGGUCCAAAUGUCAUUACUUGUAGUUUGUUUGGUACUACUUGUAUAUGUUGAACAUAUAGUAUGCUUUGACAUUUUAUGAAAUAUAUAUGGCAUCAAAGUGAUUUAUGAAAA